GAACGGAAUCUCCUUCUCCACAAACACCAUUCCUCCCUGACUGACUGAGAGAGGGAAAAAGGUCGUCCGAAUGUUCUAUCGUCAAUGGCGACAUCCACCACUCCUCCGCUAAUUAACUCGGAGCAAUUCAAAUCCUCCGCCUCCAUUCUUCGGCCUCUGCCGCUUAGAUUCACCGCUGCAAAUACUAAGAAUCACUGCCGAGUGAGGUGCGCACUGUCCACGAACAAUUGGCGGGAUAGUAGGCGACUGUUCUCCAUUUCUCUUGUCCUCUCAAAUUUGUUCCUGAUUCCUGACCAUGCUUCUGCUGGAAGCUUUCUGGACAAAUACGUGAAGAAGAAAAAGCUGGAUCCGCUUGAAGUUUAUGUUCCUGCCGUCAUAUUGACCAAGUUACAAAUCGAAGACGUCGGAAAAAUAUUGGAAAGUAGUAAACCAGAAUAUGCGACAUGCCGAUCUCUCUUGCGUUCUGGCCUUGCAUCAUCUCUUCGCGUAAAUAUUCGAGCAGUUGCACAAUAUGCAUCGGAGGAUGGAAAUGGAAACAUUGCAUUCGACAACGUUGACCGAUGUCUCAGGGCUCUGGAAGAACUUGAUUCUUCACUUUUACGUGCUACAAGAAAUGAUCGAGGAACCUCAAUUGAGUCCAUGAAGACCAACAUUGACAAUGCCGUUCUUGCUCUAGACCGGCUCCUUCAAACUGUUCCUCCUGAUGUGUUUGCAAAAGGGAAGGCCAUUGCUGACGCUUAUAUCUCUCCAGAAGAGGAGGAAACCGAAAUUGAAGACCCUCAACUGAAGCAGUUGGAAUCGAUUUUAUAACAUUUACUUCAUAUCCUCAAACUCAACACGGCCAAUCUUCUUUUAAUGUGAGUAUGCCUUACUGAAAUGAGAUGUGUUUAUAACAGAUAUAUAUAUAUAUAUAUAUAUACAUACAUACAUAUAUAUUUACGUAUAUUUCACACCGUUAUAA